GAUUGAGUAAACAUCUUGUUCAUGCCCAAAAGUUAGUGUACACCAUCACAUUUCCAUAUAGGUCUUCUAAUACCAUUACCAAAACACUUUGCGUAAACAACUGAAUACCAUGUUACAUUUUCCCGUCAACGGACCUGAGACCCAGAAGAUCCCCAUGAAGAUCUGGUGUGUUGAGAAUGAAGAGGAAGAACUUAAGUGUUCUGUACAAAGCCCUGACAUCCUCAACCCCAUUGAUACCAUCCCACCUUUGGGGUUCUGAUAGCGGGAAGGCUCGUGGUUUCCUCUUCCACCCUGCUGAUUGGACGAUCACACUGACUGAGUUGCAUGCUGGAGGUUCAGACCUGAUUUUGAUAAGAAUGGCUCGUGCUCCUCCAGACCCCGUGUUUACUCUGAGGGGAUCGGCUGCCUCUGUGAACACACUGCACUUUCACUGCGCUGAACCUGGACUUCCUCUGCUGUACUCAGGAUCUGGAAAAGGUUUAGUCCACGUGUGGAAUCUGAACACCCGACGAGCCGAGAGUGUUUUAGACGGCCAUGCUGGAGCUUCGGUUAUCUGGGUCAGCACCGUUCGCUCCACAAACACCUUCCUCAGUCAUGGUCGAGAUAUGAAAGUGUGUGUGUGGGAUUUGCACGAGGGUCGCAGAACAGUGGUGCAGUCCUUGUACACGGGAAGCGUCGGGUUCUGCCAGUGUUUUCUUCUGGAGGCUGAUGGAAGUAAAACCCUGCUCGCACUUCCGGGAGAAAACAUGGCGGAGAUAAAGGUAAGAGAGCUGGGCAAUCAGACGCUGACCUGCUCUUUAAUCCCAGACGAUAAUCACGGCAUGCUGAUGUGCAUGAAGAUGUGGCAGUCAGACACUGGUCCCCUGCUGUGUGCCGGUUAUGAAGACGGUUCUCUUCUCAUUUGGGACGUGUCCUACAGACGCCUUCUUAGCAGUCUGAAGGUCCAUCCUGAACCGGUCAUGUGCCUGGAUUUUGAUGUCUGCAAGCAAAAAGGCAUCUCCGGUUCCUCUGACAAGAGCCUCUGCUCCUGGACACUUGAUGGCCAGCAAAACCUUCAGAUGGACAUGCUGCUUUCCGUCAGAGUGAUGAUGAGUUGUUUCAGUGUGUCAGCGUGAAGUCAUCCAGCUGUGCCCAAACUUGGAUAACCGCCCCCCCUCCCUCCCCCCAAACACACCAUCGCACCUGUGCCAAGAAUGCAGUGUAGUGAGCGUUUUUAUUGGCUAUCACACAUUUGCAAAACGUCUCGGGACUCAGCUGGGAAUCCGAGGUCGAGACAGUUUAGGACUUGGAGUUUUUGGCAAGUGUGUGUGUGUGUGUGUUUGAAAGAGAUUAAUAUUACAUACUUGUGCUCAACCCAGUUUGGAAGAAAUACUUGGGCAACACUGUGAAUGAUGGAUCUUAAAAGAUUGAUGUAUAAAAGAGUUGGAACUUUGUUGCAGACAAUUUUUCUAGCACUCGAGCCAUGUCUCCCAGGAGAACGCGUUUUAUUAAUGAGAGCUAAACAGCUUUUAUUAAUGAGAUAAAAACAAUUUGGUGAAUUUUUCCAUCUUUGGAGGAUGUAGUUUGCUCUUGAAACCAUGAUCUAAAAACCAUCUACUGUUUAGCAAAUACACUGUACAGCAAUGUGGACAAACCUUUCUAUGGGAAAGAAAAAAGCUAAAUUGUAGGCCACGUUAAACCAAAUACCCAGUUUGCAUUAAACAGGAUUAGUGAGUGGUACAUUUACAGCAGUGGUCCCCAACCCCCGGGCCACAGACUGGCACCGGUCCUAUGACUCACUCUUGAUGCGUGUCAUGAUGCCUCGGUCACAUGUAUUACCUCCAUCCACCCGAAAAUAAUGUCUGACAUUAAACCGGUCUGUGGUGCAAAAAAAUGUUGGGGACCGCUGAUUUACAGCAUUUGGCAGACGCCAUUAUCCAGAGGGAUAUUCACCUUAGCAGUUGAAGGUUAAGGGCCUUGCUCAAGGGCCCAGCAGUGGCCAGCAUUUUAACCACAGAGUUACUACAUAAUUUUUUCCCUUAUAAACAAAUCCAAAUCAGCAAACUUACUUGUAAAAAUGAAAUUCUCAGCGGUCGAUCAAUCCUAUUUCCAGAUAUAACAACAACAAGCAGAAGAUGAAGAAAGGGGUCAAAAGAACUUCAGGUACUGGUGUGGGGUAACACAGUCCAUGGAAGCUCAAGUCAUAUACAAGUAUGGGGUAACAGUCAUGUAACAAUGUGGAGGUUUGUAUGCCAUAUUUGCAGUCAGGUUUGACUGAAGGACAGCCCACAUCAGGUGCUGGUUUGUAAGCACAGGUAGGACCUCAAAGUAGGUGUACUUUUUUCGCAAGCUCAGGUUGGGUACCGGUGUGGGGUAAAUACUUAUUAGGUGCUGUCCUUGCUACCAGAGGUCAUGUACCAGUGUUGCGUAAUACAAGUAUGAGGUAGAGCUCAUCAACAUGAAGGUCUGGUACUUCUGUUGGAUAACCAUCACGGACACGUAGAAGGUACCACAGAUUGGAGAACGUAUAAGGCCACAGAUCAGGUGUGCCGUUUGCAUACAAACAUGGAAGAACUGUUUCUAUAGCAAUAGGGGUUCAAAGUGCAGAUCGGGUGCCCACAUGGGGGAUGCAGUUUGGAUUAUAACAGAUGAACAGAUGAAUGCAAAUUGGUAACGUUUUGAUUUUCUCUCCGUUUCUGAUAUACAGAAUGCAAAUCGAAUAAUGACAGUGAUGCUGAUUGGAUAAUAAUAUUAGACAUGAUUCAGGACACACAUCAGGUAGCGGAGUGGAGGCGUAGAUUAAGUACUGUCACAGGAGAUGUGGAUUAUUUACUCAAACAAGGACACGGGUUUUAAUUAGUAUUCAUUUAUUUGAUCCAAAUCUUCAGCAUGUUUUUGUAGAUAAUAGUUUUGUGAUUAUUUCAAACUAAUUUGGUGACCAAAAUCUUUUACAGAUUCUUUUUUUUUUUAAAGGGAAAAAAACUAAAUGGCCGUUCCACAGUAAUCUCUCUAUUUCCCACCUUCCUGCAAGUCUUCUCUUUUUUCAUCUUAUUUAUUUUCUUAUGAUCGCUUUAUUAUCAUGGUAUGUUCUCUUAAUGAACUGGAUGUAUUUCCCUGACACAAACUACGGGAAGAAAAACAAACACAGAUAGGCACAUUAACCCAUCAUUAUCAGUGCAGUAAUUCAGACCAGAUGGACCGUUUAGGGCUAAGCAUACCAGCUUUAGUGUAGAACGAUCCAUCUCUCUCUCUCUCUCUCUCUCUCUCCAUCUUCUUGCACACCCGCUCUCCUCCUCCUCCUCCUCUUGUCCGUGGGAGAAAGUUGCUCCUCAGAUCUCAAUAAUUCACAAUCCCUGAUUGAGUUCCGUUCUUGAUCAGGCCAACCCCGAUGCUGCAGGAGCCCCUGUGACCAAGGUCAAGUUUCUCCAGAUAUUUUUGUAUGGGAAGUAAGGAGAAAGAGAAAUGUAAUAACAACUAAUGCAUGUAUCUGUAUAGGAAACCCAAACUUCCAAACAUUUGAGCUGAUGUGAAUUCAAAUCAAUUUUUUAGUAUUGUACAUUUUUGUACCCCUAUUGUGGUAACUAUUAAGUCUCUGAUUGUGCUUUUUAUUAUUCGU